AUGUGGUUCUUAAGUCAGUUGUUAAAAGUUGUUGGUUCAAGCCGAAGAUUGACCUUUGUGUCGGACCGUCAACAAGGAUUGCUAGAUGCUCUUUCAUCGGUUUUUCCCAAUGCACAUCAUGCAUAUUGCUUGAAUCAUUUGAAGAGAAAUUUGAUUGACAAAUUGGUGGGACUUCAUACUAACUAUAAGCUGAGUUUGAUGAAAAUAUUAGUUAAAUGUGCUUAUGCGCCAACGGUUGCUUCUUUCCAACAUUAUAUGGAGAAAUUGAGGCGUAUUGUUGGGAAUGGUAGAGUUGAUAGUAUGUUGGAUGGUUUGCAAAAUGAUAAGUGGGCGAAUGCAUUUUUUAGAGGGAAACGAUAUGGUGAGAUGUCAUCUAAUGUUGCCGAGUCUUACAAUAAUUUGAUUGGUGGGGCCCGUGAGUUGCCUAUUACUUGUAUGGUUGAUAUGAUUAGGGUUCAAAUCAUGACUCAAUUGUCGAAUAAAAGAGCUGAAUCUAAAAUAUGGCCUAUGAAAUUGUGUCCAGUUAUGGAAAAGAAGUUGGUGGACUCUUUGAAGCUAGCUAAGUCUUGGGAUGUGAUUGUUGCUAGUGAUACUGUGCUUGAGGUUCAUUCUUUUAUUUCUUUUUAUGUUGAUAUUGAUAAACAAACUUGUUCUUGCCAUGAAUGGCAAUUGAAUGGUUUUCCUUGUUGUCAUAUUGUGCAUGCUUUGCGUAGUAGUGGUAGAGAUGUGUAUGAUUUCAUUGAUACCUUUUUUCGUGUAGAUUGUUUUAGAGAGUCAUACAAGGAAUCUGUUUAUCCAGUGCCUUCAAGUGAGAGAUUUGACUUUGAUGGUGCCGGUAGUUUGAUUAUCAAACCUUCUAUAACGAAGAAACAGCCCGGGCAGAACAAGAAGAAGAGGAUACCUUCUAAGGGUGAGAAUGUGAAGCAGAUCAAGUAUGGGAGGUGCUUGAAAUAUGGAAAUCACAAUAAGAAGACGUGCAAGGCUGCUAUUUGA